CUGAACGUAAUUAGUCUAAUUUUAUUGCAGUCAUCAUUUCAAACCGGCAAGGCGUACUGAUAGAUUUUAUGACAGGACCGAGGAAUCACUGACACUGUGAUGUACACUGUGGAAUAGGGUAGCGCGGCCAUCUUGGAUGUAGUUCUCCAAAUUUUCAAAAAUGGCGAAGAAGACCUACGACUUGCUCUUCAAACUAUUGCUAAUCGGUGACUCCGGUGUGGGCAAGACGUGUAUCCUCUUCAGAUUCUCAGACGACGCAUUCAACACGACCUUCAUAUCAACAAUAGGUAUUGAUUUCAAAAUCAAGACAGUUGAAUUACAUGGGAAGAAAAUCAAGCUUCAAAUAUGGGAUACAGCCGGCCAGGAGCGGUUCCACACCAUCACAACGUCAUACUACCGCGGCGCCAUGGGCAUCAUGCUGGUCUACGACAUCACCAACCCCAAGUCAUUUGACAACAUUUCCAAAUGGCUCAGAAACAUUGAUGAGCAUGCAAAUGAAGACGUAGAGAGGAUGUUAAUAGGGAACAAGUGUGACAUGGAGGACAAGAGAAUUGUGGGCACCGACAGGGGUGAGAACAUUGCGAAAGAGCACGGGAUUCGGUUCUUUGAGACAAGUGCCAAGGCAAAUAUCAACAUCGAGAAGGCCUUCAUGACUCUGGCAGAGGACAUACUUAGAAAGACACCAAGCAAAGACUCCGGCCCUGAGGCUGGUUCGGUUGCGGUGGGCAGGGACCAGUCGUCAGGGUUCAAACCCAGGUGCUGCAGUACAUGAGGCUGUCGUGUGGUCACCCAGGAAAAAAUCAAUCUUCCCCCUCCCCCUAACAGCCUCCACUAAUGUUAGAUCACAGAUAAUGUCUUCAACCAACAUGGGAAACACUGACUAACAGGUGCACUUGUUGUGUGUGGUGAUGCUGUCUACCCUUCAUCAAUGUGGUUUUUGUCAUGAAGGGUUAGCCUCACAUUGAUGAAAAACAACAAAAAAAUGUUUUUUUCAUCAUCAUCAUGAAGUGGAAUGAUUCAAUCAAGAUUCCUGAAAAGGAAUCAGUCCAUGGACCAUGGCAUUUAGAUGUCCAAACAUUUGGAAUUAAGUUCUCCAAGUGCAAACAUAAGUCUUCCACAAAUUAACUUUUAGUAUUGUUUUCUUCAUUGUAGUUCAACUUUAAAAAGCUACCAUAUAUUUUUGCAAGAUGAAAACAAGACUGGUAUGUGUAUUUGUUAAAGAAAUGGUAUCCAACAAGCAUUUUGGCUAAGAAAAUAGCAAGAUUCAGAAAAGAAAAAGAAAGCAACCUGUGUAUUUACAUCCUUAGAAAUUUUAAGAAAGCUAGGAUCAGCUUUUCAUGUGUAUCCGUCAACACACACACAAGAGUCGCCUUCAAUGAAUGUGCAAAUGUUGGUUGAAUGUAGACAAGUGAACAAUACUGUACACUAGUUUGCGGUUAGGACAAAAGUUAGCGCUUUGGAAAUGACGCCAUGUAGAAGUUGUUAUUGACUAGUAUAUUAUAAAAGUUUUUAGAAGAAAUAUUUACUUCUUCUCAGACAUAUUUUUUUUGUCUACAAGCUCACCAGGGUCAAUGUAUUGCCUACAUAAAUAAUCACCUGUGAACCCCUCAAUGGUACCACAGUAGUUUGAAUGUGAUAUAUCAGUUGGGUUAUGGUAAUGUUUUGUCCUUGUUAACUGACAUGUUUCAAAACAAUUUUGACUCGAGUAGAAGUUCUUUUAUGUAGUUGAAUCUGAAAUGACAGGACAAUUACUUGUUUUUGCUACAGGUAUAAGCUGGUUCAUGGUUUCAGCAGCGCAUGCAUGCCAUAAUGCAUGGUGGGUAAUAUGUAAAAAACCCUUAGAUUUUUUUCAACCAGAACACGUCAGAUCUGGUAUCAAGCAUGGUCUAGACAAGAACUGUUACAAGGGAGGGUCCUUCAACGUUAAGAUAUUGCCCACAAUGCAUCAUGUAGUACCUGCGCAGCUGGAACCAUGAACCCACAUAUUGUAGCAAAUUCUACAAAUGAUAUUUUGUCCUGUCACUGGAUAUAUAUUAAAAUAAGUUGUACUUUUUUGUGUCAUCAUACUCAUUGAAAAGAUGGUGUAAUGUAUCUUUAUAAGGGGUUGUUAGAUGGAGACAUGAGAAUAGCAAUGAUACCCUUACAAAGCAGUUCAACAUAUUUCAUGACAUCCUUCAGUAUGUACAUCACAGAUACUGAUAAUUUGUCAUCAGCAGCUAUGCAUUUUCUAUCUUGAGUAGACCAUCAGCUAGAUUUAGUCACCAGGUUUUCAAUGUUAGAUGUAUAUGGGUAAGAGAACGCAGUGUGGUGACAAUGUGAAUGUGUCUUGCAUUGGUAUUUGUGUGUCCGACAAUGGACAGUGAGGCUAUGGGUAGCAAUGACUGGCUGUGAAACUUGCACUCCAACUGGAGAUUGAUGCCUUUGUACUGACAGUAAUAAGGCUAUGCAUGGUUUGAACUACACAUGUGCAAGGCAAAGUUGAAGGCAUCUACCCUUUUAACUGUCUAGAACAUGCUUUAUUCCAUGUCCAGACUUGUUUAUGUUUCAGGGACCUUUAACUUUGACAUAUUAUCCACAGUGCAUCACACUGCACAUGUGCAGGUCAAACUAUGAACCGGCUUAUACUGUUUGGGUAGGGUAAUACUGCAUUGUAAAUUAACUGCAGCUUUCUGGACAAGGAACCAUUGUUUACUAGAAUUGUGAAAUUUAAAAGUGCAUGAAAAGGCCUUGAAUCACCUACUGUAACCCGAGAUCUGAGGAGAGCUUACUCGAGAUAUAACAUGUAAACUUUCCAUGUUAGUCCGAAGACAAGGAAUGUUCACAAAGUUUUAACCCUUUCCCAGCUGUUUUUUUUUGCUGUCGCUAAUGUAAAUUUUGUCAAUGUACUAGCCCUUAGCUGGGAGCAGGUUAACAAUAUAUUGAAAGGAUUGUGCACAGCUUUGUUCACUAAUGCUAGGGUAGACACCAUGAUACGACUAUAAAACAUACCACAUUGGGUUAUGGGGGUUGUGUCUAGUUAAAUGUGUAAAUUGUGCUACUCAAAUGUGUAAAACAGGUACACAUGUAAAAAAACAAUAUCUUGGUUCACCAUACAUGCAAUAUUGUCUGGAAAAAUGUAGGUUGCCCUGUUUGAAAUGUAUAUGUAGCAUUUCUUUUUUUAAUGUAAUAUGUAUUGGGCUUGUGAGGGACUGCAAGAACUUUGAAAUGUUAACAGAAAAGGGGGAAUAUUGCUUAACAUAGGAUGGCAUUUGGAACUGUUUAUGUACUAUUUUGUGAUGAAGAAAAAGUUAUGAAGAAAAGGGAGACACAAAUAGAUGUUUGUUACUAACCCCAAAAUGGCAUAACAUCAGUUAUAUAUACAAAUGCUUGUCCCUUGCAACGGUUUCUUAUGUAAAAAAAAAUAAGGUGUCAUUAUAGAGUUGAUCACAUUUUGUAUAAUCAUGUUUAUGAAGACAAUUGCUUUCCAAAUUUAUUCUACCCGUAGUUGCAAAAUCCAUAGUGUGGUGUAGCUAGGCAGAGUCAACCUUUAUUUUGCAUUGGGUGGAGAGAUCUGUUCUAUGGUUCGGUAUGUAUCAGGUCUGUAUUUGUAGGAUGACAACAUAUUCUCCAGCAGCCAUUACAAGACAGGAAAUAAAAGCUUUAUACU